AUGAUUUCGAAGGCAGGGCGUUGUUCGGACUUCGUGCAAGAUACGAAGCCGCUGCUCAGGAAGAAGAGGUUUUGAGGUCCAGAUCCUGUCACAACAAAAAUGUGCAUUACGCUUUUCUCCAUCAAGUGAGUGGGAGAAGUCAUUUUUAUAGGACAGAAUUUUAUAGAAAAAAUAAAAAAGGAUAGAAUAGAAUAGAAAAAAAUAGAGUCAUAUUGUUCAAAUAAAGUUUCGAUCAGUUCUUUUUAACCCGAUUUGAGACGCAUUUUUCUGGAGUAGAAAGUUUUCAAACUGUGAUUCAAACGUUAUCAAGGACACGCAGAAAAAGUAAAAGAACAAAAAUUCGUAAUUCUUUGAUAAUCAUUAUAAAAAAAAACUCACUCGACAGUUACAAAUAUCUGUGAGUUUCAAUGCGGUCAAACUUCUCUGACAUUUUUGAAUUCUUUUUCUCACUUUCUUUUUCGUGUGGAAAUGAUUCUUUCGGAAGUGGUUAUUUUGUCUUUGAUAAAUCAAAUUUGAGGAAAAAAAUAGGGUUUCCGAGAUUCCAGCAAUCAAAAACUCCGUUCAGAUAGAACUGUUUUGCCAAAGACGGCUUGUGCUGCGUCUUCAGCUCGCCGAGCUCGUUCCCAGCAGCUGGCAGCUGAGGUUUCCCAGCAGCCCGCUUUUUUUGAGGUAAUUAUCCAGUAGAAUCUCAAAAAAAGUGUUUAUUAACACUUAAAUUAGUUUCAAAUCGCUAUAACUUGGCUCCUAAAAAAUCGAAGUUACAGCAAAUUCAAAAAUUUUUCAAAAAAAAAAAAUUUUUUUCCCGCUACGGAAAUGUUUCAGCUGACCGAGAGCGUGUUGUCGCAGCUCCCGUCGGCUGCUUUUCGGCCUACUGACCUUGAGGAUCACGUCGUGCCUGCGGCAUCGACUUUGUCGCUGGCCGAUGUGAGUUUACUUUUACUUUGAAAAAUAAUUUGCAUUUAACAAAAUGAAAAAAAUAUAGUUUAAAAAAAGAUAUCAAAAAAAGAUCCAACUUCGAAGAGAGGUCGCCACGGCAAAAUUCCGUUUCGGGUGAAUCCGCACAAUAAAAACGGGUGAAACAGUGUGAAACCAGGCGAUCAACGCAGCAAUAAAGUCUUUCUUAAACUUUUGCAUUGAGUCUCACUUAAGUGAUCUUUCAAGUAGCAGGGCAUUUCUAAAAUUUUUUUGGCGAGAUAGGUAGAUUGGCAAUCGUGAAGCGUUGCCCACGCGACGCAGCUUUGUCGGAAUCUCGAGUUAAAACGCAAGCAAGAAAAAUUUUAGAGUGUGAUCGUUAUUAUUUUCAUACUUCUUCUUUUUACACUUAGCUUUGAAAAUCAAGAAAGGAAUAAGAACUCACUGGGAAUCUGUCAAAAAGAAUAUGGGGCUCUUGUUUGACCUCAUGACUUUUUGCCUCACUUUUUUGUCAGUAGACAUGUACCGUCUUUCGCGAAAAAAAGUAACUUUAAAAAAAUGACCUUUCAAAAUUUUUUUUUCUUUUUAUUUGAAAUACUUAGUUAUUGAAAUUAAAAAAAUUCGGCUGUUUUUUUAUUUUUGAUUGACGUGUUUUUUCAGGACGAUGGUGAAUAAUAACAACCGGAUUUCCAACUACAACUACGUUCUCAGAACUCAGGACUCACCGCAUCGUGAGUUUCCUUAAUUUUUUUUUCUUUUUUUUUCUGAAACUAAUACACCUAAGUUGUUUCAUUAUGAUUACAAAACUGCCAUCGUUACCAAUUUUCAUUUAAACAUUAAAAACGUUUUUGAGCAGAUUUCUGAAAGCUUACUUACUGUCAAGCAGAACCUACCUUUCUAGAGAAAAAUGUUUUUUUAAGAUCGUUCAAUUGAAAAAAAGAAGCCAACUAAAAGCUCAUAAAUAUGAAAAGAUGGAAAAAUAUAUUUAUUAUAUUAUGAGAUUCUUUUGCAGAUGUUGACGCGAUAGUGCAGUUCCAGACGCCGCGACGUUCGCGUUUGGACAGCUCUGAAACGGUGAUGGAGGGAAAUCACCGUGGAUGAUAUCACGGUAAGGCAUUUUUUUCAUUUGUUUUUUUCAGUGAUGCAAAAGUUAAAAAUAGGAAAAAAAUUUAAAAAAAUCAGUUUCUUUUUCUGCCUUGAGAACUCACUUUACGUUUUUUGCUCACUCACAAGAAAGUAUUUAGCAAUCAAUAAUUACCUGGAAGUUUUAGUUUUUUCCAGGACAAUGGUGAACAACAACAACCAAAUCUCCAACUACAACUACAUCUCCUCAUCACCCACGACCCUUUGAUUCGUGAGUUCCCUUGGUUUCUCCAAUACCUUUCUGAAUAUACGAAAUUCAGGGCCGUCCCCACCGCCACAGUUUUAUCCGCCGGAGCAACAGCAAUGAAGAAUAGUUAGUUUCUCUUAAUUUACCAAAGAUUUUAAAAGAUAAAUAUAAAAUUUCCAACGAACAAAACUUACAUUUUUUGCUCAUUCACAAGAAAGUAUUUAGCAAUCAAUAAUUCCAUGAAAGUUUUAGUUUUUUUCCAGGACAAUGGUGAACAACAACAACCAAAUCUCCAACUACAACUCCUUAUAACCCACGACCCUUCGAUUCGUGAGUUUUCUCAGUUUCCUCGGUUUUUUUCCUUUUUUUAUUCCUUUUUGAAACUCGUAAUUGUAAGUUUUUUUGAUUAUAAUUACAAAACUGCCAUCGUUAACCAUUUUCUUUAGAAAAUCGAAAACGUUUUUAAGCAGACUUUUGAGAAAUUGCUUACUGUCAAGCAGAACCUACCUUUCUAGAGAAAAUGUUUUUAAGACUUUCAAUGGAAAAAAGAAGCCAAGUAAGAGCUCAUAAAUAGAAAAGAUGGAAAAUAUUUUUAUUAUAUUAUGAGUUUGUUUUGCAGAUGUUGACGCGAUAGUGCAGUUCCAGACGCCGCGACGUUCGCGUUUGGACAGCUCUGAAACGGUGAUGGAGGGAAAUCACCGUGGAUGAUAUCACGGUAAGACAUUUUUUUCAUUUGUUUUUUUCAGUGAUGCAAAGUUAAAAUAGGAAAAAAAUUUAAAAAUCAGUUUCUUUUUCUGCCUUGAGAACUCACUUUUACGUUUUUUUGCUCACUCACAAGAAAGUAUUUAGCAAUCAAUAAUUACCUGGAAGUUUUAGUUUUUUCCAGGACAAUGGUGAACAACAACAACCAAAUCUCCAACUACAACUACAUCUCCUCAUCACCCACGACCCUUUGAUUCGUGAGUUCCCUUGGUUUCUCCAAUACCUUUCUGAAUAUACGAAAUUCAGGGCCGUCCCCACCGCCACAGUUUUAUCCGCCGGAGCAACAGCAAUGAAGAAUAGUUAGUUUCUCUUAAUUUACCAAAAGAUUUUAAAAAGAUAAAUAUAAAAUUUCCAACGAACAAAACUUACAUUUUUUUGCUCAUUCACAAGAAAGUAUUUAGCAAUCAAUAAUUCCAUGAAAGUUUUAGUUUUUUUCCAGGACAAUGGUGAACAACAACAACCAAAUCUCCAACUACAACUCCUUAUAACCCACGACCCUUCGAUUCGUGAGUUUUCUCAGUUUCCUCAGUUUUUUUUUCUUUUCUUAUUUAUUUUUGAAACUCAUAAACCUAAGUUGUUUUAUUAUGAUUACAAAACUGCCAUCGUUAAUCAUUUUCCUUUGCAAAUCGAAAACGUUUUUAAGCAGACUUUUGAAAAAUUGCUUAAUGUCAAGCAGAACCUACCUUUCUAGAGAAAAAUGUUUUUAAGACUUUUCAAUGGAAAAAAAGAAGCCAAGUAAGAGCUCAUAAAUAGAAAAAGAUGGAAAAAUAUUUUUUUAUUAUAUUAUGAGUUUGUUUUUGCAGAUGUUGACGCGAUAGUGCAGUUCCAGGCGCCGCGACGUUCGCGUCUCGACAGCUCUGAAACGGUGAUGGAGGGAAAUCACCGUUGAUGAUAUCAUGGUAAGGCAUUUGUUUUUUCAGUGAUGCAGAAUUAAAAUAGGAAAAAAUGAAAAAGUAAAUCAGUUUCUCUUCUGCCUUGAGAAAAAAAACUUUACAUUUUUUGCUCACUCAUAAGAAAGUAUUUAGCAAUUAAUAAUUCUCUGAAAAUUUUAGUUUUUUUCAGGGCAAUGGUGAACAACAACAACCAAAUCUCCAACUACAACUACAUCUCCUCAUCACCCACGACCCUUUGAUUCGUGAGUUCCCUUGGUUUCUCCAAUACCUUUCUGAAUAUACGAAAGUCAGGGCCGUACCCACCGCCACAGUUUUAUCCGCCGGAGCAACAGCAAUGAAGAAUAGUUAGUUUCUCUUAAUUUACCAAAGAUUUUAAAAGAUAAAUAUAAAAUAUUCAAUGAACAAAAAAAACUCUUUAAAAAAACCAUCAAAUGUGUAAUUUUCAGACGACUAUCAUACGCAGAGCGGUCAACUGCUCCGUAUAACCAUGCUUUUGGUUCGUUGAUUUUUCUGUUGAAAUUAACGAGAGAAUUAUGAAACCUGAAAUUGAAAAAAAAAGGCGAGUUGUCUGCUUUUUCAAUUAUUUUUCUUUGCAGGUGCUGAUCCGGGAGUGGACUUUCCGACGCAGCGACGCUCGCCCCUCGACAGCUCCGAAACAACGAGGAAAUAAAAUCAAAUUGAACAAGAUUUCGUUGCAAGGUUUGUUCCUUUCUUUUCAGUUUUUUUCUGAUUUAAAGUUGAAAGUUGUGACAUCCACUUCUCGUUCUUAGUUUUAAAUGGAAUUGCAUUCCAGGAAGAGGACGACGAGAUGGAAGGUACGGUCUACUUCAACGACAUCUUCUACGACGAACCAGACCAAUAG